GUUUGUUUGGUCAUCGGUCUUUAUCGCUCAUUCUCUCGUUCUAUCGUACUCUUUUGCAUCAUUCGUUCUUUACUCACUCUUCAGUGAACGUCACUCGUUAUCUCACCGACACUCAUUAAAUCACCAUUCACAAUGCGAGCUUCUCAGACCCUUAUUGCCCUCAGUGGCGUUCUCGGCCUCGCCCAAGCCGGCCCCUGCAAGCCUCACCCACCCGCUUCUGUCAUCUCCAGCACUGUUGUCAUCGAGAGUGCCAGCAGCACUGCAUCUAUCCCUCAGCCCACCACUACUGCUGCCGAGACCAGCACCGUCGAGACUGCCACCGAGGUGCUCAGCACAGACGAGCCCACCUCAACCGAAAUCAAAGUCCCCACUACUACCGCUGCCAUCGAGACCAGCGCUACAUCCGCCACCACUGGUAUCCCCGUCCCUACCCCCUGCGCCAUCGAGCCCGGAUGCCAAGCCGCCGGCUUCAACGUCGACUACUACAAGAACGUCUUCGAGCGCGGCUACGGAAACGACGAGAUGUCCGUUCCUCCUUCAUACUACAUCACCGAUAACCUCACCCCCCUCGACUCCUCCGUCACAAGCGAGACGUACUUCGCCCAAGAUUACAUGCAAGAUCUCGCUGGCUACCCUCAGAUCUUCCCUGAUUCCGCCUACGCCGGAAAGGCUUGGUACGUCGGCUACCACCGUACUCUCGCCGGUGGAAUCAAGGUUGACGCCAACAACUUCACCCUCGUUUACACCGGUUACUACCAAGCUCCUGAGACUGGAACCUACGAGCUCUGCGUUACUGCCGAUAACGCCAACACUCUUUACUUCGGCCAGGGUAACGCCUUUGAGUGCGGAACUGGCGAGACUGACCCUAACGCUCCUGCUCUUGUCCUCACUGCUACUGGAUAUCACUUCAACAACCCUACUCAGUGCGGCCAUGUUGAUCUCAUCGCUGGACGUCACUACCCUGUUCGCAAUGUCAUGGGUAACAAGAAUGCUGUUUCUGCGUUUGAAUUCUCUGUUACGACUCCCAGUGGUUCUAAGACCCACGACUUCGAGGGCCAGGCUUUCCCUGUUGCUUGUGGAGUUAAGAACUAAGCGGGGAUUAUUGUUUCACGAUCUAAUGCUGCUGGACUCUGACACAAGCUUCGAUGUCUACAUGAGUUCACUUCACCAGUACUUUAAAUUUUAUUCUGUAAUAGUUAAUGUUUUCAAAUGUAAUCAACAAGAAUUCUACUAUAUCAUAGAG